AUAAAAAUGUUCGGCCCGUCAAGUCAACGAUUUAAUAGCAUCUCGUUCAGCCGUCUGUGCGUUACUUGAAGCAAGCAGUUUUAAUUUAUUAAUUUCGAUUUUUCAAUUCAGCUAAAAUGAGAAUCCUGCAGGAGCACCAAAUUCACUUGUUGGAUCCUUCGGAGCUGUUGCGACCAGAGCCCACAUUUGCCGACAAGAAUCCUUCAAAGUUUCGUGACUAUAGCGUCGAUACAGAUAAUCCGCUGAAGGAACGCGUGCGUCGCACCUAUCGUCAAAUGCACUUGAAUCAAACUGUCGACUUUGUCCGGGGACGUCGGGCUCGCUGGCUGCAGUUCAACACCAUUAAGAUGACAGUGCGCGAGGCUCUGGAGAAGCUCAACGAUUUGGUGGACGAGUCUGAUCCUGAUCUGGAUCUACCAAACAUAAUACACGCCUUCCAGGCAGCUCAACGUGCCCGUGAUGAAUUUCCGCAACACGAUUGGCUCCACUUGACAGCACUUAUCCACGAUCUCGGCAAGAUCAUGGCCUUCUAUAAUGAGCCGCAGUGGGCCGUGGUCGGCGACACAUUUGCCGUGGGCUGCCGCUGGGGCGAUAGCAUUGUGUACCGCGAUGACAGCUUUGUUGGCAAUCCCGAUGGUGACAAUCCCAAAUACAAUACCGAAUACGGUAUAUAUGAGCCAAACUGUGGCGUGGACAAUCUACUCAUGUCGUGGGGUCACGAUGAGUACAUGUACUCUGUGCUCAAGCACAAUAAAACCAAAUUGCCUGAUGUGGCAUGCAAUAUAAUACGCUUUCAUUCGUUCUACCCGUGGCACAAUGGUGGCGACUACAAACACCUAGAGGCGCCCCAGGACGAGGAUACAAAGAAAUGGGUGCUUAUCUUCAAUCGCUACGAUCUGUACACAAAGAGUGCUGUGGUGCCCGACAUUGAGGCCCUGUGGCCCUACUAUCAAACGCUCAUCGAUAAAUAUUUGCCUGGAGUUAUAGACUUCUAGACUAAAUACAUAUUGUAUCUAUCCUUAGACUAACUUUAAUGAGAUAUUUUGUCAAUUAUAGCCGAUAACUACUUUCCCGCUAAGAAAGCAAAAAAGAAA